GCAAUAACCAAUUAUCAGGAAACAUACCAGAUUGGAUAUCUCAUGGUGUAUUGGCUCUCGAAUUAAGGUCCAAUCAUUUUAGUGGUAAAAUCUCACCACAAAUAUGUGAAAUGUCUUCCCUCAUUGUGUUGGAUAUUUCACAAAACACAAUCUCCGGUCAUAUACCCAAUUGUCUUGGUAAUAUCAAAACUCUACUUUUCAACAAUGUUUCACGCAACAAACUUUCAUUUAAAUUUCCUUCAAGAAUUCCUAAUAGUUACUUAUUCUCUGACGAUAGUCUAGAAUUGGUUACUAAAGGUCAGGUAUUACAAUAUGAUCGCAACCUACAUUUUAUGACCUUAAUUGAUAUGUCAAGCAACAAUUUGUCCGGAACAAUACCUCCACAACUGUUUAGUCUCAUUGGAUUGCAUUCCUUGAAUUUAUCCAACAACAAAUUAGAAGGAGAAAUACCAAAUGAGAUAGGAAAUAUGAAAAACUUGGAGUCCCUUGAUUUUUCAACAAACCAACUUGGGGGAGAAAUUCCUGAGAGCUUAUCCAGAUUGUCCUUUUUGGGUUACUUGAACCUGUCAUUCAACAAUUUGACAGGAAAAAUACCACCAGGCACACAACUUCAAGGGUUUUCUGUACUUAGUUACAUGGGCAAUCAUGAUCUUUGUGGACCCCCACUUACCAAAUCGUGCUUUCCGGAUGAUGAACAUGUGCAUGAAGAUGGAAAUGAAUUUAAAUUUUUGACAUGGUUUUACAUCGGACUGGAAUCUGGAUUUGUGACAGGCUUUUUGGGAGUUUGUUGUACUAUUUUCUUAAACAGAAAAUUGAGGCAUGCUUUCUUUAAGUUUCUUUAUGACUUGAAAGAUCGAAUUCAUAUUAUGGUGAUGACAAACAUUAAUCGCUUACAUAACUAUACUGGUAUCUUUCAUUCAUAAAAAAGGAAAGGAAGGAGUCAUCAAGGUUAGAAGAAGAGAAGAUGGUGGUGAAGUUCUUACAAGCUUUGUCAGCAGUGAUGAGCUUAAUAUUUAAAUUUGAUUAUUAUUAAUAGUUGUUGUAUUUUGUUUUCUCUUUUUAAGUUACAGUGAUGUUUUUCAACUUUAUCCUUUGUGUUUCGUUUGUUCUGGAUUAUGUUAUGUAAGCGUGUUGA